AUGGACGUGGGGGGUGCAGUGGGCAAGGGAGUGCUUAGCGUCAUUCGAACCCAUCCCUCUUGGCAGUCACCUUACACUGGCACGGUGCCUCUGGUUUCAGGGGAGAUCGCAGAGGACCUGGCAAACUACCUGGCGGAGAGUGAGCAGAUCAACUCUGCCAUGGGGCUGGGAGUGGCGGUGGGCAAAGAUGGCAUUGUCAGGGCAGCAGGCGGGUUCCUUGUUCAAGUCCUUCCCUUCUGCUCGGACGAGACACUAGACAAGCUAGAGGCCAACGUCCAAUCACUGGGCGCCAUGUCAGACGCGGUGCAGCGCAUGGAUGCAGGGGGCAUAGCUCGCCAUCUCCUGCAGGGGCUGGAUCCCGAACCUGUCAUAGAUCCGAUUGUGCCUACGUUUGGCCCAUGUGGUUUGGAAGACCUGAAGCCGCGCAUGCUUAGAGCUGUGGAGUCACUAGGGGCGGAGGACGUGAAGAAACUCAUUGAGGAAAGAGGGUCGGUGGAGGUUCGGUGCGAGUUCUGUGCAGAGAAGGUGGAUUUUAUGGAGAAAGAUUUGCACGAUCUUUUAGUGAAAGCAGGAAAGGAAUGA